CCUAAUCAUCUUGCCGUACCAAAAAACGCGACGCGUCAUCGUCUUCGUCUUCGUUCGUAUUUCCGCGACGAAAGCGAGACAGAGAGAGGGAAAUGGCGUGGCUGACAAGGCUCCUAGCAGCAGUGGCGUUCUUGGCCGUGGGGGUGAUAUUCUCACCGGAAAUUUUCGGAUCGAAAUCGGACGGAGAGAAUCCGGCAAAGGUGACGGCGUUGCUGAAGCUGGCCCAUCUCCUCAGCUUCUCCACUGCUUGGGGCGCUGCUCUGUGGGUUACCUUCAUCGGCGGCAUCAUCAUGUUCAAGAAUUUGCCGAGGCAUCAGUUUGGUAACCUUCAAAGCAAGAUGUUUCCGGCGUAUUUCACUUUGGUGGGUAUAUGUUGCGCGAUUUCACUGGCUGCUUUUGGCUAUUUGCACCCAUGGAAGUCUUCUUCUGCAGUGGAGAAGUAUCAGCUAGGGUUUCUACUGUCCGCUUUUGCUUUCAAUCUCUCCAAUUUGUUAGUAUUUACGCCCAUGACUAUCGAGAUGAUGAAGCAAAGGCACAAAGUGGAGAAAGAGAAUAGCAUCGGAACAGAAAUCGGGUGGUCCAAGAACCAAGAGGUCGCAAAGAGUAACCCAAAGCUAGCUGCCAUGAACAAGAAAUUCGGAAUGAUUCACGGGCUAUCAUCACUAGCCAAUAUCAUGUCCUUUGGUAGCCUUGCCAUACACUCUUGGUAUCUAGCUGGGAAGAUCAAUCUCUAGUUUUGCCGAUUCUCUCCUUGCUAUGUUGUAUCUUUGGAGAGAAACAGGGUUGGGCAUAUAUACUCCCUUGCGAAUAAAUCUCUUAUCAUUUCAGCGGAAAACCAUAUGUAAGAUUUGUCUUUCUCAUAUCAAUGGAAGACCCAAUAUAUUUCAGUGGUA